AGGAUGUUCCAGAAAGGUAAAUGAAAGUUGAUACAAAAGUAGUACUGCUUGGCUCGGAGAAUAUUGGUAAAACUUGUCUUGUUCAUCGAAUUUUCAAAGGUGCCUUCAGAGGGGAGUACGAGAACACGAUCGGAGCUGCAUUUUGUGCCAAAAGAUUUAAUGUGGAAGGAAAAACAGUGACGUUGGGAAUUUGGGAUACAGCUGGUGCAGAGAAAUUUGAGUCUAUAUCAGAACAGUACACGAGAAACUCAAACGCUGCAAUUAUAUGCUAUGACGUGACAGACAGACUUACAUUUGAAAAAGCCAAACAAUGGAUAGUCACCAUGAAAAGGGAUCAGCCAGAUUGCACUAUCUACCUCACAGGAACAAAGGGUGACCUCCCAAAUCAAGUUAUCACAGAUACUGUUGCGUCUGAUUAUGCUUACAUAGAGGACUGCUCACAUAUCAGGAUGGAGAGUUGGGCUGCCAAAGCGGGCGACGUGUUCCACUCAUACUAUGAGAUCCCAUUCUACCAUUUGAUAGUUGAGAUCGGACUGGUUCUCUUCAUCCUCAAGAUACUGAUGAGCAAGAGCACGGGAUCCCCUGCUGACGAAACACCCCUCACAGAGAAAGAAAUGGAGAAGCUGAUUGCGGAGUGGACUCCAGAACCAUUAGUACCAGUUGGAGCGGCUGAAAAGGAAGUUCCUGUUCCCAUCAUUGAGAGUAAGGUUGGUAAAUACGUGACGAUAAACGGGAAGGAAUGUCUAAACUUGGCUACCAUGAACUUCCUUGGAAUGAUCGGCAAACAAGAGAUUGAGGAAGCAGCUAUUACAAGCGUGCUGAAAUACGGAGUCGGAUCUUGUGGUCCUAGAGGCUUCUACGGAACUAUUGACGUACAUUUGCUGUUGGAGGAGAAGUUAGCCCAGUAUAUGGAAUGCGAGGAAGCUAUCAUCUACAGUUACGGUUUCGCCACAGUUGCCAGUGCAAUCCCUGCUUACAGCAAACGAGGCGACAUCAUAUUUUGCGAUGAAGAAGUGUGCUACGCGAUACAGAAAGGCAUCCUAGCUUCACGUAGCACUGUGUACUACUAUAAACACAACGACUUAGACCAUCUUGUAGAACUGCUGGAGAUUCAGGCUACUAAAGAUAGAAAGAACCCAAAGAAAGCCAGAGUAACGAACAGGUUCCUGGUAACAGAGGGACUAUUCAUCAACACCGGACAAAUCACCAACCUCCCCCGACUGAUUGAGUUGAAGCAGAAGUACAAGUUCAGGAUAUUUCUAGAUGAGAGCUACAGUUUUGGGGUGCUCGGCGAGAACGGACGUGGAUUAACUGAAUUUUACAAUGUUGACCGAAGGAAUGUAGACAUGAUAGUCGGCUCAAUGGAAUUCUCUCUUGGAUCAGUCGGAGGUUUCGCUUGUGGCUCCUCCUUUGUUAUCAGACAUCAACGUUUAGCUGGACAAGGAUACGUCUUCUCGGCCUCUCUGCCUCCCCUUCACGCCAGUAUGGUCCUCAAGGCCAUGGACUUCUUCAACAAAGAUCUAUUCUCCAAGCUGAUCGAAAACUGCAAAUUUGCCCAUCAAGCUCUUGAGACGAUUGAUACAAUCACUGUUGCAGGAGAUCCUUUAUCACCUAUGAAACACAUCAGAUUGAUAGAUAAUAACAGCGAAGAAGCACUAAGAGAAAUCUGCACCAUGGCAAGAGAAAAUAAUUUGGCACUCACUGUGGCCAGCUAUAACUCGACUGAGUUAUUUAAAAAAGAACCAAGUAUCCGGCUUACAGUGAACACCGAGCUAACGGAAGAUGAGAUCACCUCAUCUAUCAAGAGCAUAGCUGACAUAGUAGAGCUGUACAUUUCCCGUGACAUUUCACAGGAAUCAGCACGUUGAUAUUGUUGAACUUCUCGCUCAUUCAGUUUUGUUUGCCCAUGAUCAAAGUGGCCCCUUUCAUAUGUUUAAACUGGAUGAGGUGUUUAUAAGUGAUUGAUUGAAUAGUGAAUGGUUUGUAUUUUAUUUUAUUGUGUUAAAGUUUUCAGAGUGUUUAUGAGUAACGAGUAUGAUUAGUAAACAUGCGAUUAAGGUGUCUUUGUAGGAGGGGAGCGAUGCGCAUUGCUCUCGCGCGCUUGUUGUACAUUGUACAGUGUAAAAUGUACAGUGUAUAGUGUACAUUGUACAUUGUACAGUGUAAAAUGUACAGUGUAUAGUGUACAUUGUACAGUGUAACAUGUAUAGUGUACAUUUUACAUUGUACAGUGUACAGUGUAACAUGUACAUUGUACAGUGAAAAAUGUACAGUGUACAUGUGCGAGUAUUAAAAUAACCUAUAACUGAGCGCUAUAACAAUGUUAGGAGUCCACUGAGUACAGUCUAAUGAUUAAUAUACAUAUAACCAAAAUAGUGGUUAUUGUAAUUGUUUGUGUAUUGGUUAUGAUCUACUAUGGAGUAUAAAUGAAUUUGUAUGAACAUUUUAAGUCAAGUUCAAUUAUUCGAACACAAAGUUUGGGUCAUAUCAAGGUAUAGUAUAUAAUGUGCAUUGUUGAGCAUUUAUGACGUUGCAUCUUUGACGUAUCUUUCCGAUAUGUUAUCAUGUUAUCAAGGUAACCAGGGUAACCACAUGUUUCAGCUCUGUUUCGAUAAGUAUGGAAUGUGGAACAGGACAAUGCAAAACAAAUUAAACCUCUUUGAACUCCGAGAUUACAGAAUUUACUUUGGGCAUUUUACACUUACUAUUACUCCAGAAAAAGAUUGGUGGUUUAAGAUGAUAUUUUGUUUGUAUGUUUGAUGUAAAUUAUGAAUUAUGAUGCUGAAAUUAGAAUAGGAUAGAAGUUUUUAUUGAAAUUUACCUUAUAUAGAUGAAUCAAAAAUCUAUAAUGCAUUUGUUUUUGUACAGCCAUAACUAUGGUAACUAACUAGUGGUAACUAUGGUAACUAUAAUGCAUUUGUUUUUGUACAGCCAUAACUAUGGUAACUAACUAGUGGUAACUAUGGUAACUAUAAUGCAUUUGUUUUUGUACAGCCAUAACGAUUAUAGGGUGAUUUUUAUAACAGAAGUUUAAGUGUAUGUUUCAUGUGAUUUGUUGAUAAACUUAUAUCAAAUACCAUAUUAGAUUUAA